AUGGAGCUCAUCUUUUUCCUCAGUCUGUUCCUUAUCUUCUCUAUCAUAUUAAUAAAAAUGCUCUCAAAACCCAUACGUAAGAACUCAAGAUUGAAGCUUCCCCCUGGUCCUAAGCCACUUCCUAUCAUAGGAAACAUACAUCAACUUUUUGGAUCACAACUCCAUCUCAUGCUCAGAGACUUGGCAGGAAGAUAUGGACCAUUAAUGCAUCUAAAGCUUGGUGAAAUUUCAACCAUCAUUGUAACUUCACCAGAAAUGGCAAAAGAGAUCUACAAAACCAAUGAUAUGUUAUUUGCUUCAAGACCUAAUCAUCAUGUUGCAUUCAAUAUCAUCUCCUAUGGUUUUACAGAUCUUGACCUUGCACCAUAUGGAAAUCAUUGGAGACAGCUGCGAAAGAUAUGCACUGUUGAGCUCCUAAGUCGAAAUCGCGUCCAGGCUUUCAAAUCAAUUAGGGAAGAGGAGGUCUUCAAUCUCAUCAAAUCAAUACAUUCUCAAAAGGGAUCCAUCAUCAAUAUUAGCAAAAGCCUUUUCUCUCUCAGUUAUGGCAUCACGGGCUGCAUUGCAUUUGGGAAAAAAGAUAGAAAUACAGAAAAAUACAUCCAACUGACAGAGGAAAUAAGUAAGUUGACAUCAGGCUUCAGCUUAGCUGACAUGUAUCCUUCUGUGAAACUGCUUCAAGUUUUGAGCAUCACGAGGUAUAAGACGGAGAUUGUGCACAAACAGGUUGAUGAAAUAGUCGAAAACAUUCUCAAAGAUCAUAAAGAGAAAUUAUUGAAAGAGGCAAAUCAGGCAAGUACAGAAGAAACGAAGGAGACUAUUGUUGAUGUUCUUCUCAAAAUUCAGAAACGUGGAGACUUUGAUCCUGAACUUACUGACACAAUCAUCAAAGCAGUUAUCUUUGAUAUUUUCACCGCCGGGAGUGAGACAUGGUCAACGACUAUGGAAUGGGCAAUUUCUGAGAUAAUUAGGAAUCCAGUAGUAAUGAAAAGGGCACAAGAUGAAGUAAGAAAUGUCUUUGAUGAAAAAGGAAAUGUUGAUGAAUCGAGCCUUCACGAGUUGAAAUACUUGGGUGCAAUCAUUAAAGAAACCUUAAGAAUACAUCCUAGCGUUCCCUUGUUGCUUCCAAGAGAAUGUAGUGAACAAUGUGAAAUUAAUGGUUACCAAAUACCAGCUAAGUCAAGAGUUCUUGUUAAUGCUUGGGCAAUUGGAAGGGAUCCCAUGUACUGGGUUGAUGCUGAGAAAUUUAAUCCAGACAGAUUUCUUGAUUCUGAAGUGGAUUAUAAGGGGAAUAAUUAUGAAUAUAUCCCAUUUGGUUCUGGACGAAGGAUAUGCCCAGGUAUAUCAUAUGCACAAGCAAAUAUUGAGCUUCUCCUUGCACAACUGUUGUUCCAUUUUGAUUGGAAGCUCCCUGGUGAGUUGAAACACGAUCAGCUGGACAUGACUGAGAACUUUGGCUUGUCAAUGAGGCGAAAAAAUGAUCUGCACUUGAUUCUUGAUCCAUAUCAUUGUUCUGGUCUUAACAAGAACUACUAG